GUCGACCUCUCACACUCGCGCUCGUCGUGCAUGGUGCCGCGCUGAACAUGCUCGGAAACGCUUUGGAUCUACUCAACGCUGGGCUGGACGCGGUCCAGGCGCGUCUGGCGUGGGUCGCAACGGACACAGUCAACUGGAAAUUCUACCUCCAAGUGUGCUCAUGGAGCGUCUGCCUGUUCGAGUCCUACCUCUUGUUGCGCCAAUUCCCGCUCUACUCGAAGACGGAGCCCCCACCCGUUCUCGCUGAACACUUCAAGCCGGACACCUUCGUGAAGUCUCAGACGUACGGAAAGGACAAGGCGAAGUUCUCCUUGGUUUCGGGCCUUUACAAGCAGGUCGUUGACUCGGCCUUCUUGCAAUAUGGUCUCAUGGCAUGGUCCUGGAAGAUUGGCGGCAACAUUACUGCACUCUUGGGUUACGGUCCGGAAUACGAGAUUUUGCAAUCAAUAGCCUUCGCGUUCACGCUGUUUUUCGUAUCUAGUCUCCCGUCUCUCCCGCUGUCCUACUACCAGACCUUCGUUCUCGAAGAGAAGCAUGGUUUCAACAAGUCCACGCGCUCUCUCUUUGUCACCGACCUGAUCAAGAGCUGGGCAAUCGGUCUUGCCAUCGGCGCGCCCUUCCUUGCCGGAUUCCUCUCCGUGUUCAAGUGGGCGGGCAACCGUUUCGUGCCCUGGCUCAUGGCUUUCCUCCUCAUCUUCCAGCUCUCGAUGGUCGUGUUGUACCCCACGGUCAUCCAACCGCUGUUCAACAAGCUCUCACCGCUCCCGGCUGGCGAGCUCCGCUCUCGUAUUGAGGAACUCGCUGUGAAGCUCAACUUCCCGCUCAAACACCUGUACGAAAUCGACGGAUCGAAGCGUAGCUCGCACAGUAAUGCAUACUUCUUUGGUCUUCCCGGGAACAAGCACAUCGUCAUCUUCGACACACUCAUAAAGCAGAGCAAGCCUGAGGAAGUGGAGGCAGUCCUCGCACACGAGCUCGGCCACUGGUACUACAUGCACCCCUCUCAGUUGCUGCUCCUGUCGCAGAUCCACAUUUUCACGAUCCUCGCGCUCUUCCCCGCGUUCCUUCGCGCCCCGCCGCUCCUGCGUGCGUUCGACUUCCCGGCCUCAGUCGCCGUGAAGCCCCCGACCAUCGUCGCCUUCCUGCUCUACCAGAUGCUGCUGACGCCGCUCGAGGCCGUCGUCGGCAUUCUCAUGAACGCCGUGAGCCGCAAGUUCGAGUACCAGGCGGACCGCUUCGCGUGCGAGCUCCAGACGCAACUCAGCGACGAGAAGAUGGCGGACAUGGGCGACCGUCUCGCACGUGCCCUCGUCGCCCUCCACGUCGAGAACUUGUCCACCGUCUGGGUCGACUGGCUGUACUCGGCGUACCACCACUCGCACCCGACGCUUACAGAGCGCCUGAGGGCACUGGAGAGCUCCAAGGGCUCCGUGGUCGCCGCAAAGAAUGCGGCGGAGAAAAAGAAAAAGGAACUCUGAGGAUGGAGGUAUGUGCAGGACCGGAGUCAGGCCGCGCUUUCUUGUGCAAGUACGUACUCUGGCGCUAUUUAUUGGCAAGUUUCUCUCGG